AUGUCUCAAGUGGAUUUCCUAGAGUUGAGUCGUCAGUCUCUGAAGGUCAGAGAGCACAAGGUUCUGGGUCCGUAUGUGGACGGGCUGUCACAACUGGCGGUCACCAACUUUGAGGACAUUGAGGUGUUGAUGUCGGAGGGGAAUAAGUCGAGGACGGUGGCGGCCACCAAUAUGAAUGAGGAGAGCAGUCGUUCCCACGCCGUUUUCAGCAUCAUCGUCACACAGACACUCUACGACCUGAAGUCUGGGAACUCAGGGGAGAAGGUGAGCAAGAUGAGCCUGGUGGAUCUGGCUGGUAGUGAGCGUGUGUCUAAAACUGGAGCUGCAGGGGAGAGGCUGAAGGAGGGCAGCAACAUCAACAGGUCUCUUACCACACUGGGCUGUGUGAUCUCUGCGCUGGCGGACCAGUCUGCAGGGAAGGGGGGGAAGAAUAAGUUUGUUCCUUACAGAGACUCUGUCCUCACCUGGCUCCUCAAGGACAACCUGGGUGGCAACAGUAAGACGUGUAUGAUCGCCACGGUGAGCCCAGCAGCUGAUAACUACGAGGAGACGUUGUCCACGCUGCGUUACGCAGACCGCGCCAAGAGGAUCGUCAACCACGCCGUCGUCAAUGAAGACCCCAACGCCCGGAUCAUCAGAGAGCUCCGGGAGGAAGUGGAGAAACUCAGAGUACAGCUCUCUCAGGCUGAGUCUCUAAAGGCUCCAGAGCUGAAGGAGAGGCUUCAGGAGUCAGAGAAGCUGAUCCAGGAGAUGACUGUUACCUGGGAGCAGAAACUACGCAACACAGAGGAGAUUGCUACGGAGCGUCAGCAGCAGCUAGAGAGUAUGGGGAUCUCCCUGGAGACGUCUGGGAUCAAAGUUGGAGAGGACAAGUGCUUCCUGGUCAACCUGAACGCAGACCCCGCCCUCAAUGAGCUGCUGGUUUACUACCUAAAGGAACACACGCGUGUGGGUGCAGACACCUCUCAGGACAUCCAGCUCUUCGGGAUUGGUAUCCAGUCAGAACACUGUGUGUUGGAGAUCAGCCCAGAUGGGGGGGAGGUCACCCUCACCCCUAUAGAGAAUGCCAGAACCUGUGUGAAUGGAACCAUGACUGAGUCCUUGGUCCACCUGUGGCAUGGAGACCGCAUAUUAUGGGGCAACAACCACUUCUUCAGGAUAAACCUGCCUGGGCGGAAGCGGCGUGAGCGUCUGAAGGAGCUGGAGAGGGAACGUGCAUCCCCCAGGGAGAGCUAUGUAGAGGUAGACGUAGAGACAGCCAGCGAGGCCUCCUCAGAACAGGACUACAGCUAUGAGUUCGCCCAGACAGAGGUCAUGAUGAAGACCCUGGGAAACAACGAUCCCAUGCAGAACGUGGUCCAGGUGUUAGAGAAGCAGUACCUGGAGGAGAAACGCACGGCGCUGGAGGAACAGAGGAUGAUGUACGAGAGAGAGCUGGAGUCACUACGGCAACAGCUGUCUCCUGAGAGGACCAAUCAGCACCAGCGAUCCAGCAGCGACCGCCUCACCUUCCCCACACACACACCAUCACACCACAGCAAGAUACGUCCCUGGACUGAGGAGAGGGACGAGCUGUUUCGUCAGAGUCUGUCCAGGCUGAGGGAGCAGGUUGUCAAGGCCAACACCCUGGUGAGAGAGGCCAACUUCCUGGCAAAGGAAAUGAACAAACUGACUGACUACCAGGUCACCCUACAGAUCCCUGCAGCUAACCUCAGUGCCAACCGCAAGCGUGGAGCCAUAGUGAGUGAACCAGCCAUCCAGGUGAGGUGGAAAGGGAAGGGGACACAGGUGUGGACCAUCGAGAAGCUGGAGAACAAACUAGUGGACAUGAGAGACCACUACAGAGACUGGAAGGAGGGAGCUGAGGACACGCAUACCAAGCUGAACAACCACAAGCAGCACAGUGAGUCCUUCUAUGAAGCUCAGGAGAACCACAACCUGAUAGGAGUGGCCAACGUCUUUCUGGAGUGUCUUUUCCACGAUAUCAGACUACAGUACGCUGUUCCUAUCAUCAGCCAGCAGGGGGAGGUAGCCGGCAGGCUCCACGUAGAGCUGAUGCGUGUCAGCGGGGCGGUGCUGGAGCGGCUGGAGGGGGGAGAUGACUCGUCAGAGAACUCCAGUGAGAGCAGCAUCUACGAUGUGAUGGACAGUCAGGGAGAGAUGGUCCACAUGGCCAGGAAACUCACCUGCAGGGUGCGUAUCAGGGAGGCCACAGGGCUGCCUCUCAACCUGUCCAACUUCGUCUUCUGCCAGUACACCUUCUGGGAAGGGGCGGAGCCUACGGUGGCCCCGCCCAUGGUCAGCCCAGACACGCCCACCACGCCCCGCUCCCCCGACGCCCAGUUCACCGUCCGCUUCGACCACUGCAAGGAGUAUGUGGUCCAUGUGACAGAGGAGUUUUUAGAGUUCAUCGCAGACGGGGCGCUGGCCAUCGAGGUGUGGGGUCACCGCUGUGCCGGGAACGGACGCUCUCUCUGGGAGCUGGACGCACUGCUGGCCAAGACACGCACACUACGAGACAGGUGGAGUGAGGUGUCUCGUCGUAUUGAGCUGUGGGUUUCUAUCCAGGAGCUGAAUGAGCAGGGGGACUACUCUGAUGUAGAGAUGCAGCCUGGGAAGGACAUCGGUACUGGAGGAGUGUUCCAGCUCAGACAGGGUCACUCGCGCAGGCUGCAGGUGUGUGUGAAGCAGGUGCAGGACUCUGGGACUCUGCCUCUGCUGGUGGAGGCUGUUCUGUCUGUCUCUAUCGGCUGUGUGUCAGCACGCUCCACCAAGCUACAGAGAGCCCUGGACAGCUACCAGGAGGAGGACCUGAACUGUGUGAGGGACCGCUGGUCUGAGGCCCUCAUCAAACGACGAGAGUACCUGGACGAGCAGAUCAACAAGAUCAUCAACAAACAGGAGAAGUCAGAGGAGGACAUGGAGAGGGAGGCCCGGCUGGUUGAACAGUGGGUAGGGCUGACCGAGGAAAGGAACGCUGUACUGGUGCCCGCUCCUGGCAGUGGCAUACCUGGUGCCCCUGCCCACUGGACUCCCUCUGCUGGGAUGGAAGCUCACAUCCCUGUCCUCUUCUUGGACUUGAAUGCAGACAACCUGACAGUGAAUCAACAGUUAACGGGACCCAACGCUGCCGGGGUUAACUCUAUCCUGCCCAAGGAGCACGGCAGCCAGUUUUUCUACCUGCCAAUCAUCAGACACAGUGAUGACGAGGUGUCAGCGGUGUGCUCCUGGGACUCAUCCAUCCACGACUCUCUGCACCUGAACCGCGUGACGUCACCCAACGAGCGUAUCUACGUGAUCAUUAAAGCCACGGUGCAGCUCAGCCAUCCUGCCUCCAUGGAACUGGUGGUCCGCAAGAGGAUCGCUGUCAACAUCUACAACAAACAGAGCUUCACCCAGAGUCUGAAGAGACGGAUGUCCUUGAAGAACACACUGUACUCCUGUGGAGUCACCUAUGAGAUCCUGUCAAAUAUACCAAAGGCGUCUGAGGAGCCUGAGGAGAGAGAGACUCUGGCCCUGAUGGCAGCGAGGGCAGACGGUGAGGAGAGUCAGGAUGGACAGACCUACAUAGAGCAAUACACCAGAGGACUUCUGGAGGUGGAGAAUAUACUGAGCCUGGAGAGACUCAGACAGGCGGUGACGGUGAAGGAAGCUCUGUCUGUUAAAGGGAGAAACAUCAGAAGGAGCUUCAGCACCCCCAACGUACAGCACACUUCCUGCAGCAAAACAGAUCUGAUUGGCUGGGAGGAUGGAGACUGGAAGGACCAUUGUGACCUUCAUCAGGAUGUCUCUGACUGCACUCCCCAGGACGGUGGUUCUCUGUGUGGGACGCCACUCAGAAACAAGACAGAGAAUCACGGUCUGGUACCAGAGAGCCCCACCUUCUUCAACUCCAGCCCGUUCAAGGCCCUCUCUCCCCAGACGCCCAAGUUCCUCAAGUCUCUGCUGCCGGUCAGAGAGGAGAGCAAGACCAAGAGAGUCCUGGAGGCACGACCACUACUGGGACAGGAGGACUCUGAGGAGGAGACAGACAUGGCCCUGAGUUUGGGUCUGGGCCCUCAGGACUUCCACAGCUUCCAGUCCUACAUCCCGGAGGACUUUGCCAACUUUGAGGUGUACAACGCUGCCCUGGAGAGCCAGGAGGGGGGGGUGGGUGUGGCGGGGGGCAGGGGAGAGCUGCGGAGGGGUCGGGGAGGUGGUGGAGGGGGGGAAAGAGAGGGGGCUCCACGGAGCCCCACUGCCAGCAGCUGCACCAGCGGUUACUUCUCCCACAGUGCCUCGGACGCCACGCUCUCUGACGUGCCAUUCGGCGCCAGCGACAGCUCCGACCAGCUCAGCGCCUCCGCAAUGGCUCAAGACAGAAAUGACCCUGACCAGGAAACCCACAACCUCCACCCCCACGAGUCCCCCUCCUUCCACUGCACCAGCACGGGCCAAGGCUGCGCCCAGACCAGAAGUGCCUCGCCGUGGGGUGACACCCAGACCCCUGCGUGUCCCCCUGGCGUCCCCUCCCAGCCCCUCCCCAACCCCCAAACCACCACCUCCCCCUCCUCCCCUGUCAGUAUUCCUAACUGCUCAGAGCAGCCACCCUCCCCGCGGCCCCGCAGGUGUGUCCUCAGCGUCAGCCAGGAGUUUACAGACUUCAAGGGGGCCGACGACGGCAUGGAGGAUCUGGGUGAGCUGGGACACUUCCAGCCUGGGGAUGCACCACACAUAUCCCCUGUCCCAGCGGAGGAGGAGAAAGAGGGCUCUGGCAGCAGGCACCAGACCUCUGACAAAGACCUCAUCAACACACAACCACAACAACAUACAUCUGACACCGGUACCGCCCGGCUCCCUCAGCCCCACUCACACCUCCACAACGGCAAACAGUGUGUCGGCAGCGUAGCCGUGCCCUGCCCACCCCCCUCCAACCCCCCAGGCCAGUUAGCAGGAGGAGAGCCCCAGAUCCAGGAGCCAAUCCAGGGAGACCUACCUCCAGGGAGCCCCUGUCCCAGCCCAAGCUGCCCCGACCCCAGCAGCACUGAGGCCUCUGGGGACUCCUGCAGCGGGGACGAAGGCUCUGGCUCUGGUUCUCCGGUGGCCCAGCUGCCUGACUGGAUGGCUCCCGGGGAGCAGGUAUGGGUGGGGAAGAGGAGCGGCACGGUGCACUACGUCGGCGGGGUGGAGUUCGCCAAGGGGAUCUGGGUCGGGGUGCAGCUGGACCUGGCUGUGGGCAAGCACAACGGGACAGUCCAGGGGAGGGUUUACUUCCGCUGUCCUCCAGGCCACGGGGAGUUCGUCAAGCCCUCCUGUCUCACUAGAGGACCCCCCUCCAUGGACACCACAGACCCCCAGCCCCUGGUCCGAUAAAAUUCACUAAACUCCCCGAAUUCCCAGUCUUUCCAGGAAUCCCGGUUCGAAUAUUCCCAGAAUCCGGAGGGAAUAAGAAGGAACUCCAGAAUCCUCAAACAGCAUUUCUGGAAAACCUGGGAAUUUGGGGAAAGUGACUUUCCACCCAGGACUAUCAUCUACAGGGGGUCCCCAGAUCCACAACAGUUCCUACUCGACCAGGCCCAAAUCCACAACAGUUCCUACUAGACCAGGCCCAGAUCUAGAACAGUUCCUACUAGACCAGGCCCAGAUCUAGAACAGUUCCUACUAGACCAGAUCCAGAACAGUUCCUACUAGACCAGGCCCAGAUCCACAACAGUUCCUACUAGACCAGAUCCAGAACAGUUCCUACUAGACCAGGCCCAGAUCCAGAACAGUUCCUACUAGACCAGGCCCAGAUCCAGAACAGUUCCUACUACACCAGGCCCAGAUCCACAACAGUUCCUACUACACCAGUCCCAGAUCCACAACAGUUCCUACUACACCAGGCCCAGAUCCAGAACAGUUCCUACUAGACCAGGCCCAGAUCCACAACAGUUCCUACUACACCAGGGGCAGCUGUCAGCGCUCAACAGCUGAGCCCCAUUAACCAGCUCUUCUUCUCUCAUUCUCACCCUCCCUCUGUUCCACUAGACAUCCAAUCAUGUGUUCUGUCUGUCGGUAUAAACGUCUGCUUUCCCUUUAACAUAUCUGUCCCGUGCGUUUUAUGAAGGCAUAUCAUCGUUCAAUAUCGUUGUUCACUGAAAGUCAAACACACACAUCCAAGUUUUCUGCUGUGUUAUUUUAGCUAGAGAGCGUGUAGAUGGAUAGACAUGACCCACACGUGUUUAUCUAACCGUAGUAUCAUUGAAUCAGCUCAGCAGCUCAUAUUCCUGUUGAAACACCAGAUCUUCUUGUAGUGGUCACAGACAGUUGUCAUCUGGGGUGUUUGAUCCAGAAGGUACUAGUGUUGAUAACUCACUGAUAUCCGGAUUGGUUAUCCAAGUCACUGUGAUAUGUCGUCAGGGGUAACCAAAGAACUAAGGUUUCAUAUCUGCUGUUUUAACUGAUAUCUUAUGUUGCGUGUGUGUGUGUGUGUGUGUGUGUGUGUGUGUGUGUGUGUGUGUGUGUGUGUGUGUGUGUGUGUGUGUGUGUGUGUGUGUGUGUGUGUGUGUGUGUGUGUGUGUGUGUGUGUGUGUGUGUGUGCGUGUGUGUACAUAUUAUAUGUGUGUCAAAGUAAACAUAGUGCCUAGGCCACGAGUCCUCCUGAACUUUUGGGUCGUCUGCAAACAAAUAAUGAAUUGAAGAUGAAUUGAUGAAUCAUGAAUUUGAAGAUGUACAGUACGUAUGAGUGUGGUUGCUAUGUUGCCCAUGUAGGCUUCAUUAGCCUGUUGUUGUUGUACUGUAACACUGGAAUGACAGAUAACCCCCCCACUGAAACUAUUGGGACUGUUGCCAUUGCUGACUGACUCAAUCAUGCUUCUUGCACUGGAGUGGAUCAACCCUCGCAGAGUUUCUCACACAAGACUUCUGUCUUCCAUUCAGGACAAAUGAAACGUAUGCUGUCCUAUCUGUGCGUGUUUCUCAGUUUCUCGACUGUCCUACAUUGUGCCUCUCAAGCGGGUGGAAACGGAGGUGUCCAUGUUGGAUCUAAAAUGUGUCAACUAUCUGAAAGAAGCGACGAGGCUUCCUCUGGGUCGUAUUCACUAGGCACAAAAUGGAAGAAAACGGACUGAUAAGGGGAAGGAGUACGUGAACUUGUCCAAUAAGAAACUCUUGUUUUUGUUUUGCAAAACAUUUUCCGUUGCAGAACGUUUUGCUACGGUGUACACUAAUGAAUAUGACCCCGGUUGUGAGGCUAACUUCACUGAGUAUACAAAACAUUAAGAACACAUGCUCUUUCCAU